AUGUGGAGCUCUGUUGUUUCACGUGUACCCGCAGUCUGGCGACGCUUCGCCACCUCCACGGGAAUCGCCAGUGGGACCACCAGCACAUUCCGAGAAACCAACCAUACGCAACUUGCAACGGUUUGGCAGUUUGUGCGCUACUUCAAGGUACGAUCAUCCGUGCGUCGCGUCUGUGAAUCAUGUCGUAUCGUUCGACGCGGUAAGCGGAUCUACGUCCUGUGCGAUAAGGAACCUCGUCACAAACAACGACAAGGCCUUGGCCGGACGAUGCCGCCGCGGGGGUCAAUGCACUGCCAGAACCCGCCGUUUGCGAAGACUUGA